AAUGGCUGCGCCCAUGAAAUCAAAUUACUUCCCUUAACAGAAUUGUAAUCUCUGUACUGAUAACGGGAGAUCACUGCGUUGGAGUGCCAUGAAAUAACGAUUAGAUAUGAAGCAAUGGAGAUUGUAUAGAAAUUUCUACCUCAAUGAUUAGAUAUACAACACGGAAAAUCAAGAAGAAAUUUGGGCUAAAGAUGGCUCCACUUGUCAUAAUUUUACUGUUUUUCCUAAAUACACUAUACACAUCUAAAACACAGACAGUUCAUCACACCAACUUUGUCAUAGUAGGGGGCACUGGUGAUUUGGCUAGGAAAUAUCUAUGGGGCAGUGCUUUGACACUGUUUGUUGAGAACUACAAUGAAAAUCGAACAUUUUCGUUCUUUGCUGGAGCCAGAGUUUCUCAAACAGAUGGUGAAAAAGGCCUGAUCGAAAUAUUGCAUGGCAACAAAUGUGAAAAAAAUGAUGCAAAAUGUGAAAAACUGAGGCCUAAAUUUAUUGAAAAUGUGAAAUAUGUGAUGCUGAAAUAUGAUGAAAAUUACACCGAACUGUGUGAAAAAUUUCGGACAGACGAUAGAACAAAAAUAUCAACACAUCAAAUAUUUUACUUGUCUAUACCGUCAGCUGCCUAUCAGAGUGCCUCUCAUAGUAUACAUACCCAUUGCCGUCAUGAAAAAAUCAGCUCAACAAAAGUUGUGCUAGAGAAACCAUUUGGACUGAACAAAGAAACUGCGGCCAAACAAGCUGAUGUUAUAAGUGAACAUUUUCGAGAUGAUGAAGUACAUAGAGUAGAUCAUUAUCUCGCAAAAUCUGUCUCUAAACAGAUCUUAAACUUCAGAGCUAAAAAUAGAGAAGAACUUGAUAAACUGCUUAAUGGACAGUUUGUAGACAGAGUUGAGAUUGUCAUGAAGGAGAGAAUUGGAAAUAAAGGACGGCUAGAUUUCUAUGACCAGACAGGUGUCAUUAGAGAUGUCAUGCAGAAUCAUCUUACAGAGUUAGUUGCCCUUGUUGCUAUGGAGCUGCCUUUCAACGUUUCCGAUUAUAGGAUGAUUGAAGAAUACAAACUGACUUUGUUACAACAAAUAAAACCAGUAGGCAGGGAUGCUUUAUUGCUUGGACAGUAUUCAAGAUAUAUGGAAGAGGCAAGAAAUGAAAUAAAGAAUAUUGACCAAUCACAUCUCACUCCAACAUUUGCUGCUGCACUACUGCAAAUUAAUAAUCCAAGAUGGCGUAGGGGUCCCUUUUAUUCUUGA